AUGGCUCCAAUCAAGAAGAGUCCACACGUCAAGCCAGCUACGCGCAAGCUCACACGGGACGGCAAGAUUAAGGAUUACUUCCAAGUCGUUCCGAAAGAAACUCCUGUCUCUGCAAAGCCUCCUGUUCCCGCAAAGCUCUCUGUUUUUGCAAAACCUUUUGUUCCUGCAAAUCCUACUGUUCACGCAAAGCCUCCCGUUCCUGCAAAGUCUGUUGUUGCUGCGGACCCUGCUGUUCACGUAAAGUCUGCCGUUCCUGCGAACCCUGCUGUUCCUGCAAAGCCCACUCACGUCAGGAUCCAUGAAUACAAGGACCAAUCAGAUAUUUAUGCAGGGACAAAGAGAGUGCCGAAACCCAAACGCGAAGAGCUGCAUUAUGUUGGGUUCGGCAACACCGAUUUUGAGCGCAAAGGAAGAGCUAUACUCGUCGAGUAUCUGAAAGUGGCUCAGCUCGCUCAGCAGAACACAAGCUCGACCUGUUUCAACAGCGAAUCAGAAGAUCUCCUCCUCCACUAUGAAAAGGAGAUGGUCAAGCUCGCCGAGCAUAGGACUUACAUGAAACAGGCCUGGUGUUGGGACAAUCCGGGAUGGACAACAACACGUGAAGAGAAACGAAAUGCUGAGGUCGAGAGACGGCUCGAGUUCGAGCGCGAACAAAAAGCUAUCCUCGUCAAGUAUCAGGAGAAGAUGGUCCAGCUCGUCAAGAGCAGGGAUGCGGUGAAAGCUACUCUGAACCGGGAUGAUGUGAGAGCUACUCUGGACAGAGAAAUCCACUAUCAAAUGGAGGUUCUACAAUAUUUCCAGAAUCUCAAAGAGAAGCUGGGUAGCGGGCACGGAAACAACGGUAAUGCUACUUGUGAGGAUUCACCACCGCCGGUCUAUAUUCGUGGCGAAUACACGCUAUAUUCCGAGCAUUUUUUGCAAAGCUUCAUUAAGUUGAAGCCACAGUGGUUCAAAGGCAACUUCUUGCGCAGCUGGCGCACUGAGGAGACGCCCAUCGUAUAA